UUUACACCACGAGAGAACUUCAACGUUCACAGAUUAAAAAUUAAUAUCGCAUGCUGAUGCGGUUAUGAUCAAAAUAGGUGUUUUUAUUUAAUUCGUACUGAACAACUUAAAAUGGCUUGCGUUAAAACGAAUGAAGAGACAAAGCAAAUAUCGGAAAAUGGAGAGGAUGAUGAAAUCGACGCUAUAGAAGAUACAGACACCAAGGAUCCCGCUAAGAAGAAGAAAAAGAAAAAGAAGAAGAAGAAGACAGCGGGAACUGACGAAGUUACUGUUGAGAAUAAUGAGGGAGGGUUAGAAAACCAGGCACAGGCAGAGUCAGUUGAAAACAAUGUUGGUGAUGCAGAAGAUAAGAAGAAGAAGAAAAAGAACAAAAAUAAAAACAAAAAUGCCACAAAGGCUCAAACAAAUCCACCAACUAUUCCAAUUGGGGAACUUUUCCCUGAUGGUAAUUUCCCUGAGGGACAGAUAAUGGAGCAUGGUCCAGCUGAGGGUAUUGAUGAGAGAACUGCAAAAGAUCGAUUUUCUAGUGAAGAAAAGAGAGCAUUAGACAGAAUGCACCAAGAUAUCUACCAGGAAAUUAGGCAUGCAGCUGAAGCACAUAGACAAACACGGCAAUAUAUGCGAGAUUGGAUUAAACCGGGUAUGACUAUGACACAAAUAUGUGAAGAAUUGGAAUCUACAGCAAGACGUCUAAUCGGUGAAGAUGGUUUAAAAGCGGGGCUGGCUUUCCCUACUGGCUGCAGUCGUAAUCAUUGUGCUGCACAUUACACACCAAAUACUGGGGAUAAUACUGUCCUCGAGUAUGAUGAUGUUGUUAAGAUUGACUUUGGUACACACAUUAAUGGACGAAUCAUUGACUGUGCUUUUACUCUGCACUUCAACCCACGCUACGACCCAUUGGUGAAGGGUGUGCAAGAAGCUACCGAGGCUGGUAUCAAAGCAUCUGGUAUUGACGUAAGGCUAUGUGAUGUUGGUGCAGCAGUUCAAGAGGUAAUGGAAUCACAUGAAGUAGAAUUGGAUGGUACAGUGUAUCAAGUGAAACCAAUUCGCAACCUUAAUGGUCACUCCAUUGGACCAUACCGUAUACAUGCUGGGAAAACCGUGCCAAUUGUGAAGGGUGGUGAGACAACUCGCAUGGAGGAAAAUGAGUUCUAUGCAAUUGAAACAUUUGGCUCAACUGGCCGGGGACAAGUUCAUGAUGAUAUGGACUGCUCUCAUUAUAUGAAGAACUUUGAUCAACAAUUUGUGCCUUUAAGAUUACAAUCAUCCAAACAACUCCUAAACUUGAUCAACAAGAACUUCGGGACGCUCGCGUUCUGCAAGCGGUGGCUGGAGCGGGCCGGCGCGUCGCGCUACGCGAUGGCGCUCAAGGACCUGUGCGACAAGGGCGUGGUGGACGCGUACCCGCCGCUCUGCGACGUCAAAGGUUGCUACACCGCGCAGUUCGAGCACACGAUCCUACUGCGGCCGACGUGCAAGGAGGUCGUCUCCAGAGGGGAUGAUUAUUAGCUACGGCUCUUGAAUAAUUAUGUGCUUAAAUAUCCUCCAGAUUACGAAUUUUUAGGGCUGUUAUCGGCAAAUGACAGAUGACAACGAGGAAAUUCAGUGACGUGAAUAGCGGAAUAUAUUUUUAAUGUUUUUGGUGGUUUGGCAAGUAUGAAGUGGUUGAGUUAUAUUAAUCAAAUUUCGCUUUUUAAACAGAGUUUGCUUUGGAAGUGCAUUUCCUUAAUAGGAAUCACACUCCACUAUGAGAUGAUGAUUAAUUUUUUGGUAAUCAACCAACAAUCCAAAAACGAAGGUACUCAAUUCGACCCGUGUUUUAUUUUUUAGCUUUGAUGUGAUUUUUUUGUUGUCAUUUGAUCCCAUUUUAGAAUUGGAGUGGUACCUUUUACGUAGAAAUUAUUGAACCAAAAAAUGUCUUUACUAGGCGUAAUCCAGCCCUAUUAAUUUAUACAUGCUACAUUUUUUCGUUGUAACAAACAAAUUUUGAAAUAAGCCUGCGCCUUUUCUUUUAAACUUUUACUUAAAUUAUAUAAGUAUAACUUGUUGAUGUCAAUAAUAACACAUAUUUGUGAUUUUCUACAACUGAUUAAACCUAUUUUUAUUAACCUUGUUUAUUAAAGAUAUAUGUAUCAGUUUUUGUAGAGUGUAAGAUACAGCUGUGUAUUCUGACCAUUGUCAAUACAAAUUAACCUUUAAAUAAAGUUAUGUAUUU